UCCAAGUUCAGUGUGGUUCAGACGCGCGGAGCUUCUCAGGGUUUUACUCAAAGUUUGUUUUUUUGUCAGUUGGUGAGGCCAACCCAACAACACAGCAGCCAUGGACGCCAUCAAGAAGAAGAUGCAGAUGCUUAAGCUAGACAAGGAGAAUGCCUUGGACAGAGCUGAGGGAGCUGAGGGAGACAAAAAGGCAGCGGAGGACAAGAGCAAACAGCUUGAGGAUGACCUGGUAGCGCUGCAGAAGAAGCUGAAGGGAACAGAGGAUGAGUUGGACAAGUACUCUGAGUCUCUUAAGGAUGCCCAGGAGAAACUUGAACUCGCUGAGAAGAAAGCCACAGAUGCUGAGGCUGAUGUAGCUUCCCUGAACAGACGUAUCCAGCUGGUUGAGGAGGAGUUGGAUCGUGCUCAAGAGCGUCUGGCCACAGCUCUGACGAAGCUGGAGGAGGCUGAGAAGGCUGCUGAUGAGAGCGAGAGAGGCAUGAAGGUAAUUGAAAACAGGGCAUCGAAGGAUGAAGAGAAGAUGGAGCUACAGGAGAUCCAGCUGAAGGAGGCCAAGCACAUCGCUGAGGAGGCUGACAGGAAAUACGAGGAGGUCGCCCGUAAGCUGGUCAUCAUUGAGAGUGAUCUGGAACGUACAGAGGAGCGCGCUGAGCUGUCAGAAGGCAAAUGCUCUGAGCUAGAGGAAGAGUUGAAGACAGUCACAAACAACCUGAAGUCUCUUGAGGCUCAGGCAGAGAAGUACUCACAGAAGGAGGACAAGUACGGAGAGAUCAAGGUUCUCACAGACAAACUAAAGGGGAGGUGGGACUCAGUGGGCUCACUCGUCUCCUUACCUGUCACCCUGGAGUUUGCGGACCUCUUGACUUUGUGCGGGAAGUUCUG